GUUGUUUCCCCUUUAAUAUUUCUUUAAAACUAUAUUUUUAUUUUAUUUUCUAAGAAGAGAUAUUUGCAUUCAGGGAAGAAUUCAUUUAAUUGGUAAUGAUUUCUGACAUCUAAUCCUGUAAAGAAAAUGUUGCUUUGAAGACUAGCUACAUUCUAGCCUAUCAUGUUGGUCAGGUGGUGGGCUGGUUGAUUAUUUCCUUCUAAUACUGGCAACCAUGCGGCACGGAGAAUCUCGGUCUGGGAGCAGCUUGUCAGCGCAUUGAUACAUUGCGACGGAGGCGGUUGAGUGCGAUGUGUACAUAUGAAUUAUCGCGUCACCUGGCAAAGGCACGCCGACUGCACCUUACAUUGCCAGCAUGUGCGCGUAACCCUUGCACCUGAUUAUUGAUUGUCCGAAGUGUUGAUCAUGUCAGUAGCGGGACUAAAGAAACAAUUUCAUAAAGCAAGUCAGCUAUUAAAUGAAAAGAUUAAUGGGGCUGAGGGAACAAAACUGGAUGAAGAGUUCCUCAAAAUGGAAAAGAAAAUUGACGUAACCCAUAAACUGGUUCUUGAACUUGUGCCCAAAACCACAGAAUACCUCCAGCCAAACCCAGCCUGUAGAGCCAAGCUUGGUAUGCUCAAUACUGUCUCAAGAAUCCGUGGGCAGGUGAAGACCGUGGACUACCCCCAGACAGAGGGGGUUCUUGGAGACUGCAUGCUCCGCUACGGGAGAGAGCUUGGGGUUGAGUCUAGUUUUGGCAGUGCUUUGGCAGACAUUGGUGAGGCCCUCAAACAGAUGGCCCAGGCCAGAAACGUCCUGGAUGUCCAGGUGAAGGACGGCUUCAUAGAUCCACUGCAGACGCUACAGGAAAAAGACCUGAAGGAGAUCAUGUACCACUUAAGGAAGAUGGAGGGGCGGCGGUUAGACUUUGACUACAAGAAGAGACGGAAGGGGAGAAUCAGCAAUCAGGAGCUCAAACUGGCCUUGGAAAAGUUUGAGGAAUCCAAAGAGCUGGCAGAAAGAAGCAUGUUCAACCAUCUAGAGAAUGAUAUGGAGCAGGUGAGUCACCUGUCUGCUCUAGUAGAGGCUGUGUUAGACUAUCACAGGCAGUCAUGCUCAAUCCUGGAAAACCUGAACAGUGAUCUCAAAAACCGAUUAAUUAAUGCAAGCAACCAACCAACGAGACAAUUCACCCCAAAGCCUAUCACGAGUAGUGGAAGCCACACCAUGUGCAAUGGAUUCUCCAAUACACCUACAUUGCGCAUAUCUGACAGCUCAUCACUACAGUUUUCAGAUGUUACAAUGAAUGGAGGUGUAAAUGGAAAAAAAUACUCUACUGCUGACCCAUUCACAACCAUACACCCAAGGCCAGAGAGUCCUCCCAACAGCAUAUACUCGACAGUGGACCAGUUCACAGUUUUACCCCAAAGGCCAGAAAAUCCUCCCAAUAGCAUUUACUCUACAGUUGACCAGUUCACAAACCUAUCCCAUAGGCCUGGGAGUUCUCCAAGCCUUAGUGAAGGAGGAUGUCCCCUAGACCAGCCCUGCUGUCGUGCUCUCUACAACUUCCAGCCAGAGAACGAGGGCGAACUGGGUUUCAAGGAAGGUGACCUCAUCAUCCUCACCAACCAAAUCGAUGAGAACUGGUAUGAGGGCAUGAUCAGCGGCGAGUCCGGCUUCUUCCCCAUCAGCUACGUUAAUGUCCUUGUGCCUUUGCCCCAGUGAGGGCAGAGCAGGCCGCAGACCACAGCCACAGGACACUGAGAUCACGGACUCACCACCUCACGGCUCACCACUAACUGAGAACAUCACAUUUAGACACGGAGUGCACCAAUGAGGUGUAAUCAAGGCUGCUGUACAGCAACUGAUCACUUUCACACAUUCUGUUCAACUAUAUCAGGAGUGGGCAAUGGAAUCUGUCUCUCUCAUUGUGUGCAGAAGCCCACGCAUUUCAAAUAUGCUUAUAUAUUCAGAUUUACUUUAGAAAAACACACGAUGUUUUCCUCUCUUCUCACUUUUGUUUGUACAAUUAUUAAGUAUGAUUGUAGACUGAUCUGAUUUGUAUUUUUAAAUGUGACUUGAUGUUAGCACUUUUAACACUCAGCGGAUCUUUUGACCCGAGUUUUAUUAUGCAAUGUGAAUUAAUGAAAGUAAGCCAUUGUGUGUAAAACUCCUCAAUUUCUAAGGUAUAGAGAUAUGUCAGUAUACAAGAUAUAUUGUUCAGGUUUAUUGUUAAGAAUUACUGUGUAAACUAAAUCAAUUUAGAAGCACCACAGAGGAGGGAUCCUUUAAGUCUCAGCAUUUCAAGUCAUAUGUGCUCUAAUUGUUUUAAGGUAUCUACUGGAUCAAUGUGGUGCCAAAUGUAUUAAUUGUGAAUGACACCUAGAUUAAAGAUGGUUUAUUUAUUAGUAUACACCUAAGUAGCCUAGUUUUAAGGGACAUCAAGGGAGAUGUACUAGUCUCUAUAAUGCACUUCUGAAGCACUGCAAUGGUUGAAUUGUAAUUAAGAGCUAUUUCUUAAUAGGUACGUAUAUUGUCACAGUGUGUCUUAAGUACUUAUUGUUCUACUAGUUCAUUGUUUGCAAGGUAACGGCGCCAUAUAGCUACAUACUGACUGAUGUCACUUUUAACAGUAAGCACAUGCUCAGCCACCCUUUAUGAACUGACAUUGACUGUCUUCACUUGAUUUUCUUUUCUUUUAGGAUAAAUAAACACCAAAAAUGUUGCUGAAUAAAGUAUGUAUAAAGGA